AUACCUUUUAUAUCUACAACUAAAAAGGGACAUCUUCCAUGGCCGUUUGUUGUGUUCUUUUUCUGAUGCUGCCUACCUGGGUGCUUGUAUUGUCCAAGCUGAGCUUGGUGAUUAUGAUUCUGAUGAACACCCAGAGAAUUAUAUCAGCGACUUCAAAAUUUUCCCCAAGCAGUCACAAAAGCUCGAGAGGAAAAUAGCUGAAAUGCAUAAAAAUGAAUUCGGAGGUCAGACCCCAGCUGUUGCUGAAUUUAACUUGCUCCUGAAGGCGUAUUCUUUGGAAACUUAUGGUGUUGAUCCUCAUCCUUGCAAGGACUCAACUGGGAUGACUACAUUUUUAGGAUUCACAGCUGCAGGAUUUGUAGUUUUCCAGGGGAAUAAAAGAAUUCAUUUGUUAAAAUGGUGUGAUGUCUAUAAACUGAAAUUUGAGGGGAAGACUUUUUAUGUGUUUGGAGCUCAGAAAGAGAAAAAGGCUGUGCUGUCAUUCCAUACCUCUACACCAGCAGCCUGCAAGCAUCUUUGGAAAUGUGGGGUGGAGAACCAGGCUUUUUACAAGUAUGCAAAAUCCAGUCAGAUCAAGACCAUGUCCAGCAGCAAGAUAUUUUUUAAAGGCAGUAGAUUUCGAUACAGUGGAAAAGUAGCCAAAGAAGUUGUGGAGGCAAGCUCUAAAAUCCAGAGGGAACCUCCUGAAGUUCACAGAACCAGCAUUACCCAGAGUCGCAGCUCUCCCUCGUUGAACAAGCAACUCAUAAUCAACAUGGAACCUCUGCAGCCCCUCCUUCCUUCUCCCUGUGAGGGGGAAGAGGUUCCUUUAGAUGAAG